AUGUCAGGUGCUCCGGCUGGCGCCACGGCUCUUCGGGCAGCUUUGGAGGAGGGGCCGGUUGCACGCACUAUUCUGCGCUGUCUGGCGUGCCUAUCUACGGCGGUGGAAGGCAACGGCGUUGGAUUUUACGCGAAGCAGGUGGCCCGCCUAGAGAAGGGCACGAACGCCCCGUCCCAAUGGCCGGAAGCCCAUUACUCAGAACCAAAUUCAUCAGAACUCCAUGCGGCAGGGGACACCCAUCUGCUAAGGGAGUCCCGUGCGCCAGGGGAUGCUGAAAUCCUACAAGCCUUUCAAUGCGUUCCGGUAGCUCUUAGUACGUCUGGGGCGGGCAAUGACAGCAAUCCUGUGGUAUCUUCAAAACGGUCAGAGGAGCUGGCUAAAAAACCGCCCAAGGAGCGGACGAAUAUAGAACGAAAGGGGUAUAGCGACCAAGAGAUGAGCGACGACCAAGAGAUGAGCGACGACCAAGAGAUGAGCGACGACCAAGAGAUGAGCGACGACCAAGAAAUGAGCGACGACCAAAAGAUGAGCGACGACCAAGAAAUGAGCGAAAAGGUAACCGAAGAUGCGGACGAAGUCACCGCAAGUGGCUCUCAGUCCGGUGCUGAGGAAGUGAAACCAGAAGCCGACAUGGACGCAAUUGAAGAGAAGUCAGCGACCUCGGAACUUGCUCUAGGACCGGAUGAGGAUCAGGUGAGUGGUGACGGUCAAGAGAAAUGUGACUUAGACUCUUUGGUCUACACAUCAACUUCCAGUCCGGUGCUUGAUGAGACCUUCAGGGCUUGUCUUCAAGGGGACGACGGUCAUAUGGCCAGGCUGGAGUUAAUUACUGCUCUCCUGGAAAUGCAAUUCGUUAGAGACCGCCCGGAUGUUAGGGCGUGUUUAGUCGCCCUUCUCUGCUACGACCUCAGCUCGAGAUGGGCUCUCGCCGGUUGGUCUCUUAGGACCGGAGAAAAGUUAACUUGGCACGAGUGCCCGCUUUUAGAGGAUCUUAAUCCGACCGAUCCUGCGGACAUUAGAAAGGCCGGUAGCGAAGGCCUGACUGUCGUGCAGACCACACUAACUCCUAAACAAACUUGGACUGAACUGGACGCUGGGCUCAAGUGCUUAUGGAGUGCUGUUCAGGCCCAAGGCCGAAUUGACAGACAAUAUCCUGCUUGGAUUGCUGCAAAUCAUGUGAAAGCUCCCGACUAUUACACAGAACUAUGGCAAAUCAUAGCUAUAGUCAUAAUUCAAUAUCAUCUGGAUGAGCGCAAGCCUAGGUGCAAACAAGACAACAACAAAAAGCAAGACAAAAAGCAAGACAAAAAGCAAACCAAAAAGCAAGACAAAAAGAAUCGUGAGCUGCUGCCGGAAGAAGAAUCUGCCUAUGAGACUGCUGUCAAACUGGCCACUGUUUACUUGGACUACUACGAGUCUGCCCAGUGCCCGGAAAUAGCGCAUAUCUAUUAUCAUUGGUUAUUACCUGCUCAGAUGAUUGUUUGUUCUGAGUUAGGAAGAUGCGACCCGUCCGAAAAGUGCGCAAAAAUUGAUGACGCGCAUUCUGCACACGCGUGUGCGGCGCUGCUCAAGCACAGGUCGAAAUGUUUGCGGCUGCCGUUAACGGAGCGUGUUGAGUCAAUUUUGAGUAGUACACGUUAUCACCCGUUGACGUCGUUGUGUAGAGUAGCGACAGGUGUUGGCGACAAAGGGGGUCACGUGGGUAUAGUGACUUACCGCGGUAUAUUUGUUGAUAUAGAGGAUCCGGAUUUCUUUGGUAAAGCGAAACAAUUGGGAAUUAGUGGUCAAAACAAGCACAUCCACGAGGAGUUGAGAGGCCGCCGAGCGCUGAGACGGGAGCAUCGCGCGAUGGCUAAGGAAAUUAGCAAAGAAGCUAGCGUGGUUGAGAAGUUGGUGUUGCAAGACCAGCAGCGGCACCGCCAGAAACUCGCCCGUGAGAGAAAGCGGGUUGCGCGUGUCCUGGAGCAAGAUGAUACGGAAUUGCGAAAGAUGAAGACGUAUGGAGGUUCGAUGGACACUUCGGUUGCACCAUAUCGAGCUAAGAAGAAGCAGAAAAUUGCGAAGGGUGGAUCCCGAUAG